CUUUAGUUACUAAAAUAAAACUGUGCUAACACUUACUAAAGUGGUUGUGGUUGUCUGUUUCCCGUCUACUUCGUAGCCUACUCGCUUCUUCUAUGCUUCUGCGACCUGUAGGUCUUACCCGUAUAUUGUAAGCAGUAAUAUAUUCUCCCAUUCAGUGUCAGUUUAUACUUGAAGGAUUCUUGCUUAAAAAAUGGAACUGCAGCAACUUGCUGUAAGAACGCCAUUUUUGUCCUCUCUAUCGAGAAAUGGAACUUCUUCAUUCUGGAGAAACCAACAGAGAAUGUCCACGAUUCUUCCCUCGAGGUUACGGAUUUUAACUCCUCUAUGGCUGCCACUAUUCAGCUCUUCAUCUCUUUUGGAUGCAAAUUUUAGAGAAUGUGGACUAAGAGCUUCAAAAAUAGAAGAAUUACUCAAAUUUCACAAUGGGAAUGAUAGAGAUGAUGAAGAUUAUGAAUCAGAUAAGAGUGAUGAAAAGGUUGAUGAUGAUUUCUUUGUAAUGGAUAAGGAAGAGAGGCUCGAGUGGAGGAGAAAGAUUAGGAAAGUUAUGGACACAUAUCCUGAGAUCAAAGAAGAAGAAAAAGAAACAGACAUGGAUGAGAAGCAGAGAAGAAUAAACAAGCUUUUGGCGGAUUACCCUCUUGUUGUGGAAGAAGAAGAUCCUGAUUGGCCAGAGGAUGCAGAGGGGAGGGGUUUCAACUUAGAUCAGUUCUUUAAUAAGAUUACCAUAAAAAGUGUGAAAAAGGAUAAUGAUGACGAUAACAAUGAUGAUUUUAACAGUGAAAAUGAGAUAGUGUGGCAAGAUGAUGAUUAUAUUCGCCCUAUUAAAGACUUGACCACCCCACACUGGGAAGAAGCCGUGUUCAAGGACUUCAGUCCCUUGAUUCUCCUUGUUCAUAACCGUUAUAUGAGGCCAAAGGAAAAUGAGAAGUUAAGGAAUGAAUUGGAGAAGGCUGUACACAUUUUCUGGAAUUGCAGACUCCCAUCACCUAGGUGUUUAGCCAUUGAUGCUGUUGUGGAGCAUGAUUUGGUGUCUGCUCUGAACGUAUCUAUUUUCCCUGAGCUCAUAUUCACCAAAUCUGGAAAAAUAUUGCACCGCGAAAAAGCACUUCGAACGUCAGAUGAUCUGUCAAAAGUAAUCGCAUUCUUUUACUAUGGAGCUGCAAAGCCACCUUUUCUAGAUGCAUCUGUAAAUGGAGACGGAGAAGAGAAAGUUCCUACAGUCCAAACAAGCCAUAAAGAAGGCUAACUGUGGUUCCCCUUUCAGGACCCGCAUAGGUAGCUCAGUUGUUUGAGUGUUGGGAGAAUUGAAGAAAUAAUCGAGGUUCGAAAUCUGCAACGAUCGUGUGAAAGUUAUAGCUCAUGCGUGAUGGAUUGAACCUCUGUUACACAUGAGUAUAAAGUCGACUACCAAUGGGCAGACGGAGAUAUCGUGAUUUACAUCCUUCCAUAUGUCAUAUGCAUUGUCGGGUUGGGGCAUGGGUGACUCUUAGGCAUUCAACUUUGGAGGAAUGUACUCUAAAAUGGGAAUAGUGGCGGACCCAGAAAGUCAGAGCCACUUGGUCCUUACCAUUUUAUAUCUAUAAUCUCUAAUUAAUAUAAAAAUAAGGUCAUUUAGA